CUAAUUUUUUUCCCUUGUAAUAUUAUAUGAAAAUAUUCCUUCAUUGUCGUCCGAGCUUUGGCAUCCCCUUCCUGGCGACUAAAAAUUGGCACCAAUCUAAUUGACCCCCCUACUGAAAACUAGAAAUCUACUUAAUUUUGGCGCGGGGAGGACGAAAGCAUCCUUUCAACUGAACUUCAUUUCACGACAUGGAAGCAGUGGCGGAGGGAUUGUGGAGGCUGGCAGAUUACCACGAGAAGCAGGGGGAAUUAGGGAAGGCAAUAAAGUGUUUGGAAGCCAUAUGCCAAAGUCCCGUCUCUUUCUUUCCAGUCCUUGAGGUCAAGACUCGGCUUCGAAUUGCCACCCUUCUGCUCACUUAUUCUCACAACGUCAAUCAUGCCAAAUCCCAUCUCGAGCGUUCUCAAUUGUUACUGAAGUCUAUUCCAUCAUGCUUCGAAUUGAAGUGCCGGGCUUAUAGCUUAUUAAGCCAAUGCUAUCAUCUCGUUGGUGCUAUUCCUCCCCAGAAACAACUUCUUUAUAAGGGUCUUGAUCUCACAAAUUCUGCUGGUCACGAACUGUCGGUGAAACUAUGGUCUUGCAACUUCAAUUCACAGCUAGCAAAUGCUUUGAUUAUUGAAGGAGACUAUCAAAAUUCAAUCUCUGCCUUGGAGUCGGGAUACGUAUUUUCAGCUGAGAUAUGCUAUCCUGAACUGCAGAUGUUUUUUGCUACUUCUAUCCUUCAUGUGCACCUUAUGCAAUGGUACGAUGACAAUUCUGUUCAGCAAGCUGUUAACAAAUGUGAUGAGGUCUGGGAAUCUAUUGAACCUGAGAAAAGACAGCAGUGUGUUGGUUUAUUAUUUUACAAUGAGCUGCUGCACAUAUUUUAUCGACUUCGGAUCUGUGACUACAAGAAUGCUGCUCAGCAUUUAGAUAAAUUAGAUGCUGCUAUGAAGGCUGAUCUGCAACAAACUCAGUACAUAGAAGAUCUGAAUAAAGAAAUGAAUGCCUUAAAUCAGAGUCUAUCCAGGUCUGAUCUACAUUAUAAAGAUAGGUUGGCUCUCACUGGAAAACAUGCUCAGCUUCAGGAACAGCUUAGAAGUAUAACUAGACCAACUUCCUUGAGCAAAGAAUCUUUGGAACCUGGGCAUUUUGGAAACGUGAGAAGAACAUAUAGAGACAAACUUGAGUUGGCACCAUAUCCUAUUGAUGGGGAGUGGCUACCAAAAAGUGCUGUGUACGCGCUUGUGGAUCUUAUGGUUGUUAUCUUUAGCCGGCCUAAAGGUCUCUUCAAAGAGUGCACAAAACGAAUUUUAUCUGGAAUGCUUACUAUACAAGAGGAAUUGGUGAAGCUUGGGAUAGCUGAUGGCGUAAGAGCUCAUCCAUCCUUCUGUUCAGCAACUCGAAGUUCUCCAUCAUUCUAUCAAACUUGUUGUGAAGAUCUCCCAAGGAUUCCUCGACGGCCAGCAAGCGAACCGUUGAUGUCUCUGGAGAGAGGGCGGCGAUUUCCUCCACUUCUUCUUGCACACGAUCGUCCCCCGCGGCUGGGUUUAUUCCUCUCCGGCCAGCAAGAAGUCAGUUUGCAGCACUCUGCCAUAUGGAUGGCUGGCGUUUAUUUAAUGCUCAUUAUGCAACUUCUUGAAAACAAAGUAGCCAUUGAGUUGACACGUUCUGAAUUUGUUGAGGCUCAAGAGGCCUUAGUGCAGAUGAAGAAUUGGUUCUUGCGCUUUCCUACAAUCUUACAGGCAUGUGAGAGUAUGAUUGAGAUGCUUAGAGGCCAGUAUGCUCACUACGUUGGUUGUUACCAUGAAGCAACUUUCCAUUAUAUCGAAGCUGCAAAGCUUACAGAGAGCAAAUCAAUUCAAGCAAUGUGCCAAGUUUAUGCUGCUGUCUCUUAUAUCUGUAUUGGCGAUGCUGAAUCAUCUACUCUUGCACUUGACUUGAUUGGACCAGUUUACAGCAUGAUGGAUUCUUUUGUUGGUGUUCGAGAGAAAACAAGUGUUCUUUUUGCGUAUGGCCUCUUACUGAUGAAGCAACAUGAUUUACAAGAAGCAAGAAAUCGGUUGGCGAAAGGAUUACAAUUGACCCACAAUCAUUUGGGGAAUCUUCAACUUGUCGCACAAUAUUUGACAAUCCUCGGGAGUUUAGCACUUGCUCUACAUGACACCGUGCAGGCCAGAGAGAUAUUAAGAUCAUCUUUAACAUUGGCAAAGAAACUCUAUGACAUCCCAACUCAGAUCUGGGUACUAUCAGUUUUAACAACUUUAUACCAAGAGUUGGGUGAAAAGGGGAAUGAGAUGGAAAACGCGGAAUAUCAAUGUAAAAAGGCAGAUGAUCUGCAAAGGAGACUGGUUGAUGCACAUUCCUCCAUUCAUCACAUCGAAUUAAUUGACAAAGUACGGCUUGAGAUUCAGCAACUAAAGGGGGUUGACAUCAAGCGUGCAGGUAGCAUCUCACUUGGAGUUGAUCUUGAUAUACCAGGAUCCAUUGGUGUGUCGGUUUCGACUUCAUCAUUGAAGCUUAUGGAUAUAGACUCAGGGAGACGUGGAAAGAGGAAAAUUUAGAGCUUGCCUGGGAAAUUUUUCAAACCAGCUUCUUGUUGUUGUUAUUCUUUUUAAUCUUUAAUUUUGUUUUGUGUUUUUUUUCUAAACUAUUAUUGACUUGUAAAUAUUAAUUUAUUGCUCACUUUAAAUUAAGGGAAAGUGUGAUGGUUGACAAAUGUAUUUGGGGUUUUAGAUUUUGCAGGUAUAUCAAAACUUUCAGAUUUGAAUUUCAUUAUUUUUCAUA